UGUGUCACGUCUCUUCACCUCAACUCUCGUAAGAAGAAACAAUUUAGGUUGUCAACACUUCCUUUAUUUUCACGCGGUGCUUUGACACGCAUGGCAAAUUUACCGAACAGGUGAGCCGGCAAUACCAUAAGCUCAGAAAGACACUCAAGUAAAUAAAAAAAUGGAGGGCGGGUUGCAUAAGCACACCUGUGGGUCGUGGGGAGCAGCAAGAUUGGCGACUGCGCCACACCGCCACACCGCCCGACCACCCCCGCCACACCGAACUCGCCUGACGCUGCUCCUACUAAGAAUUCGGCAGUCUUUCAAGAGGAAGAGAAGAGGUUGCAUGUGCUAUAGACUUCUGCUGAUCGCUCACCUGCUUCCCUCUCCCUCCAUCCCUGCAGUAAAGUUAAGCAGCCAAGCCGGGGCAGGAUGGCGGCUCCCCUUGGACGGUGUGGGCGUGUGCUGGCGCCCGUGAGUGGCCUGCGGAGGGGCGUGAGGGCGUGCACCGGUGGAGUGGUUGAGGGCGUGCCGUACAAGACCACUAUGAAGGAACAGAGGGUGUCGGGGUCAGCCAGCGUGCCCGAGUAUGCUGACGUGGUGGUGAUCGGGGGCGGGUCCCUCGGCUGCAACACUCUCUACCACCUGGCCAAGCUGGGCGCCACCAAUACUGUGUUGCUGGAGUCCCACAGGCUGACGGCAGGCACCACCUGGCACACCGCGGGUUUGUUGUGGCGUCUGCGGCCCAGCGACACGGAGAUCGCGCUCAUCAACACGACGAGGGAGAUGCUGCGGCGCCUGGAGGACGAAACCGGCGUCAACCCCGGCUGGAUCAACAACGGGGGUCUCUUCAUCGCCUCCAGUAAGGAGAGGCUGAAGGAGUACCAGCGGCUGCAGACAAUCGGCAAAGUGAACGGCGUGGAGAGCCUCGUGCUGGGCCCCGCCGAGACGCAGGAUCUGUACCCGCUCAUGAACGUGAAGGACAUCGCCGGCACCCUCUACUGCCCUGGCGACGGCACGAUGGACCCGGCGGGGCUGUGCCAGGGCCUGACGCGGUGGGCGACGCAGGCGGGGGCGCGGGUGGUGGAGGAGUGCCCCGUGACGGACAUUCGCACGGCCGAGACGCUGCUUGGGGGGCGGCGGGUGACGGAAGUGCACACCCCGCGAGGCGUCAUCAGGACAAACGCUGUCGUCAAUGCCACAGGCUGCUGGGCGAACGACAUUGCCGGACUGGUGGGCGUGGAGGUGCCGCUCACGCCCAUGAAGCACGCCUAUGUGGUCACCGAGCGCAUACCGGGGAUAGAGAACAUGCCCAACGUGAGGGACCAUGACGCCUCAGUGUACCUACGCCUGCAAGGGGAUGCCCUGUCCGUGGGGGGCUACGAGGUCAACCCGAUCUUCCUGGACAGACUGGAGAAGGACUUUUCGUUCGGCCUCUACGAGCUCGACUGGGACGUCUUCGGGGCUCACAUCGAGGGCGCCGUGAACCGCAUUCCCGUACUGGAACAAACCGGGAUUAAGUCGACGGUCUGCGGCCCCGAGUCUUUCACGCCAGACCACAAACCUGUCAUGGGAGAAGACCCAAACGUGGAAGGCUUCUACCACUGCGUCGGAUUCAACAGCUCAGGGAUGAUGCUUGGUGGUGGUUGCGGGGACCAAAUGGCGCGCUGGGUCCUCUACGGGCGCCCGGAUCUCGAUAUGUUUGGCUACGAUAUCCGCCGCUUUCACCCUCCGCUCAACACGAACAAGACGUGGGUGGCGGCGCGCUCCCACGAGUCCUACGCCAAGAACUACAGCAUUGUCUUCCCCCACGACGAGCCUCUAGCGGGGCGGGGCCAGCGGAAGUCACCCAUACAUGAGGAGCUGGAGGGGGCGGGCUGCUUGUUCCAGGAGCGUCACGGGUGGGAGAGGCCCGGCUGGUUCUCCUCCUCCCCUGCCCGCGUGCUCUCCUACGACUGGUACGGCGCCUACGAACACUCACCGAAGCACAAGGACCACCAAUACAACAAGCUUCUCAACGAUGACUACUCCUUCGACUUCCCCGCCCACCACCACCAGAUCAAGGAGGAGUGCCUAGCGUGCAGGGAGCGAGCGGCCAUCUUCGAUAUGUCCUACUUCGGCAAAUAUUACAUCUCGGGGCCCGACGCGCAGAAGGCGGCCGACUGGAUCUUCUCCGCCAACGUCGCCCGCCCCGCCGGAACGACCGUCUACACAUGCAUGUUGAACGCGAAGGGGGGCGUGGAGGCCGACCUGACCGUGAGCGUGUGUGAGGGGGGGCAGGGCUCGCCUUGUGACCCAGCCUUCGAGGGCCGCGGUUUCUAUUUGGCGGCGGGCGGUGCGGCGGCCUUGCAGAACCUCGCCCACGUGCUGAAGGAGAUACGGGCGAACGGGUGGCGCGUGUCCUUGCUUGACCACACGGACGACAUGGCCCUUCUGUCCGUGCAGGGUCGCCACAGCAGGACCAUCUUGCAGCAGCUGACGGACGCUGACCUGGGCAACGAGGCCUUCCCCUUCUCGUCACACCAGGUCAUCACUCUGGCCGGCCACACCCUCCGUGCCCUCAGACUCUCUUUCGUGGGAGAGCUUGGAUGGGAGCUUCACGUGCCAAGGGACUCCGCCCUGGCCGUGUACCGCGCCGUGAUGGCUGCGGGGAAGCCGUGGGGCCUCGUCAAUUCCGGCUACCGCGCCAUCGACUCCUUGUCCUGCGAGAAGGGUUACCGCCACUGGCACGGCGACGUCCGACCAGAUGACACGCCGCUGGAGGCAGGCCUCGCCUUCACCUGCAAGCUGAAGACCAACACGGACUUCCUGGGCCGAGCCGCCGUGGAGCGACAGAAGGCCGAGGGUGUUACGAAGAAGCUAGUAACGCUGACGCUGCAGGACGGCAGUCAGCCGCUGUGGGGCCUGGAGGCCAUCGUGCGGGACGAGCAGGUGGUGGGGUACGCCAGACGGGCAGAGUACGCCUUCGCCCUGAACCGUGCCAUCGCCUACGGGUACGUGCGGCGGCCCGACGGCGGCGUGGUGACCAAGGAGUUCCUCAACAGCGGCACGUGGUACCUUGAGUCCAUGGGAGUGAGUCACCCCGCCACUCAGCACACCCGCCCGCCCUUCGACCCUAAGAACCUACGGGUCAAGGGAGUCUACGACGUCGAGGAACCCGCGGAGGACAAGAGGACGAGCGCCGCGGGAGUUUAGGUACAUCGUGGAGUCCUAACGAAAAGGACCUGUUGAGUCACGGGUUUGUGGCCGAAGCCUUGGUGACAUCUCGAGCUGCACGCAGCGUGGUCUCGGCUGAGUCAUCACGCUGCUGAACAGAACCCCUGGAAGGCAUAUGGUGCAUGGCUGAAACGCCUUGGCCGUUAUUUACUGUUAUUCUGCAGCUGUCAACCUGGAGAUUAUUAUUUAAGUACUUAUAGACUGUCCGUUCCUACUAUUGUGAUAAUGAGUGGCUCUAAUGUCGCGACUCGAGUCAGGGAUGCUUAUAACCUGCCAGAGAGAAGGUAAGCGGCGAGAAGUGCGCAAGGCACGGCUCAGCGGAUCAUUGGACUCGUAAUUGCUCGACUGUGAUUGUGUUUACUUGUCUCUUUCAAUCAGGAUUUUUUCUUACAGCAAGGGAGGCAGCUCAAAGAAAAAAAAUAUAAAA